AUGACGCAAACGUUUGCACCGUGUGUCAAAAUCUGCAAAACUCUGCAGCUUGUCUGCGGAAAAACCGUGGAGCUGGCAACACAGCCAUGCAGCUUGCGAGCAUCCCGAUAUAAACCGGACUGUGAUGCCGCGUGCAGCCCCGCCCCUCCUCUCUCUCUCCCUCUCUCUCUCUCUCCCUCUCCCUCUAUCCCUCUCUCCUCGAGGCACCGGAGCCUGGCCUCGUCACCGACAGCUGAUCGCCAAGACAGCACCGCCGCAGUUCACCGGACCCCCGCGAUGGCGUCAGAGGAGCUCGCGCGGAAACUGCAGCGCAGGCUGGACGCCACGGAGCGGCCCGAGAGCCCGGCGGAGAGCCCGGCGAUGAGCCCGGCAAUGAGCCCGGCGAGGACCGUCACCGAGCCGCGGCGCGAGGGCGAGAGCGAGGACGCGGCCGCCGCUAACGAAGACUCGUGCACGACCGAGCUCGCGGAGAAGCUCAACCGCAGGCUGGAGAUCGACGGAGGCGGCGCGAGGCCCAGACAGAUGAUGAAGGUGUUCAACCCGUACACCGAGUUCAAGGAGUUCACGCGCAAACAGAUCAAACAGAUGGAGGAGAUGUUCAAGAGAUUUGACUCAGGGAAGGACGGUUACAUCGAUCUGAUGGAGCUGAAGAUGAUGAUGGAGAAGCUGGGUGCUCCACAGACUCACAUCGGCCUGAAGAACAUGAUCCGUGAGGUGGACGAAGACUAUGAUGGCAAGCUCAGCUACAGAGAGUUCCUCCUGAUCUUUAGGAGAGCAGCAGCUGGGGAGCUGCAGGAUGACGACCCUCUUAUGGCACUCGCUCGUCUCUCAGAGAUCAACGUGUCCAACGAGGGCGUGAAGGGAGCACGUGACUUCUUUGAGGCCAAGGCUCAGGUGCUGUCAGUACGCAGUAAGUUUGAGGCGGAGCUCCGGGAGGAGAAAGAGGAGAAGCAGAGGAUGGAGGAGGAGAGGAAACAACGACGGGCUGCCUUCAAAGAGCUGCAAUCUGCAUUCUGCUCCUGAACACACACACACACACACACACACACACACACACACACACACACACACACACGCACACUGUACCUCCUACUGAUGAAUACAGAAGCACAGCUGUAAAGCCUCACUGUAACUGUAGCUAAAGUAGCUCACGCACACACACACACAGCUUUAACCGUGUGAGCUUCCUAUUUUACUCUGACUAGCUCUAUUUUUGAAAUAAUGUUUAAUAUAAGAGAGUAAUUUAGUAAAUAACAAUAUUAAUGAAUAAUAAAUAAAUAUAUAUACAGGUGUAAUGUAUGAAUAUUUAAAGUGGGCCGCAUGAUGAGCGACUUCAUGUCACUUUAGGUUUAGAAAUGAAGGGAAAUAUGUGGUCACUUUGAUUUUUUUUUUUUUUUUAGAAAGUUGUUUUUAGGUUGUUUUUUUUUUUUUUUAAAUCAUGACCAUAUUUCGUAUUGUAAUUUAAUUUUUUAAUCUUAAUUUUAAUGUUCUUUUUUUUACAUUAGCAUAUGUGUUAAAUUCCAUUAAUAAUAAAAUCCGUUAUUAAAUGAG